GCACAUGCCUAUAUGCCCAUCCUCUCUGUAACCAUUCUCAUUAUUCUUUUAUGUUUCCAUUAUUCUUAACUGUUCAUUCGGCUCUAACUUAGAUGGGUUUUGUUUAAAGUCCAUUUUUUCGGCUUUCCCUUCGAUAAUAUCCUGUCCCAAAACAACAAAAAAACUAAGCACUCUCUCUUUGCACUAUUUACAGCUAUCUUUCUUUGUAAACAAGAAAACAAUACCAAAUGAGGAGGCUUUCGACAAUCAAACUUGCAAUAGAAUCGUUUACAGUUGAUGGAGACGACAUCAUUGAGAAACUUAUCGAGACCUGGGAACGAUUCAAAGUGCCAGUUUUGGUGCCAUUUCUGAGAACAUUGAUGUAUGUUGCUCUUGCGAUGUCUGUAAUGUUGUUCAUAGAGAUGGUUUACAUGUCGUUGGUGAUUGCAUUCAAUUAUUUGUUUGGGAGAAAGAUUGAAAAACGCUACAAAUGGGAAGAAUUCAAAGAUGAGCUUGAAUCAGGGAGCUUUGUUUACCCACUUGUUCUUGUUCAAAUUCCAAUGUUCAAUGAAAAAGAAGUUUAUCAGCUUUCCAUUGGAGCUGCAUGUGGGCUUUCAUGGCCGGCUGAUCGUAUUGUGAUUCAAGUUCUUGAUGAUUCAACGGAUCCUAUCAUCAAGGGUAUGGUGCAAGUGGAGUGUGAAAAAUGGGCAUGUAAAGGUACAAACAUACAUUAUCAAGUGAGAGACAAUCGAAAGGGAUAUAAAGCAGGAGCACUUAAAGAAGGUUUAGAGCAUUGUUAUGCUAAUGAGUGCGAGUAUGUGGCUAUUUUUGAUGCCGAUUUUCAACCAGAACCUGACUUUCUCAAGAAAACUAUCCCGUUUCUUCAUUAUAACAGUGAACUUGGUCUUGUUCAAGCUCGUUGGAAGUUCGUGAACUCAGAUGAAUGCUUAUUGACAAGAACACAAGAGAUGUCACUUAACUACCAUUUCAAAGUGGAGCAAGAAGUUGGUUCUUCUACUUAUGCAUUCUUUGGAUUCAAUGGAACUGCUGGAGUUUGGCGAAUGGCUGCACUUAAUGAGGCUGGAGGAUGGAAGGAUCGUACUACAGUUGAAGAUAUGGAUCUAGCAGUUAGAGCUAGUCUUAAAGGCUGGAAAUUCUUGUACAUUGGUUCAAUAAAUGUUAAAAACGAACUACCAAGCACAUUGAAAGCGUAUCGUUAUCAACAACACCGAUGGUCUUGCGGUGCGGCAAACCUAUUCAGGAAAAUGGUCUAUGAGAUUAUCAUAAGUGAGAAAGUUACAUUGUGGAAGAAGCUACAUUUAAUAUACAGUUUCUUCUUCGUAAGGAAGAUUGUGGCUCAUAUUGUUACAUUCAUGCUCUAUUGUGUUGUAAUUCCUAUAUGUGUGUGGGUACCUGAAGUCGAAGUUCCAAGGUGGGGUACGAUUUACAUCCCAACCAUCAUCACUAUCCUAAAUGCUGUUGGGACUCCAAGGUCCUUAUAUUUGGUGGUAUUUUGGAUUGUAAUUGAGAAUGCUAUGUCCCUCCAUCGAUGUAAGGCUACGUUUAUUGGACUCUUUGAAACUCAAAGAGUGAACGAAUGGGUUGUAACUGAAAAACAUGGAGAUGCUUCUAAGGAUAAAAUCGGAACUAGACAACAUGGAAGACUUAGCUUCAAGCUAAGUGAAAGGCUUUUUGUGCUAGAGCUUUGUGUGGGUCUUAUCCUCUUUGUAUCUGGUUGCUAUGAUCUUGCAUUUGGAAAGCAUUACUACUACAUUUACCUAUGUGUACAAGGUAUAGCUUUCAUCGUAAUGGGUUUGGGUUAUGUUGGCACUCAAGUUCCCAGCUCUUAGAUGACAUUCUCCGUCAGCCAUUUUUGAUCGACAAUUAUUUUAUCUUUGUGCCCCGAUCAUUUCUUCGUUAGCUACACCAUACAAUGUUUGAGAAAAUGCAACUUUCUUCUAGUUCAUUUAAAUGAACGUUACCGUAUUGUUUGCAUACAAAAAGGUAAACCGUUGUAGUUCCAUUCAAAGAAUCAUAAAAGCACACAAAGGACAAGAAAUGGUGAAGAAAAGGUUGGUACCUUUUUCAUGUUUCAUGAAAGUUCAUAAAGUAGAAGGUUUACUUGUAUUUACGGGGUUAUGUAGAUUUUGUUUGAAAUUUGAUUCUUGUUUGUUGAACAUGUAUAAUAUUCAUUUAUUUUAAAUAGCUAAACCCUGUGAAAAACAUGUUUUAAGUACUCA